CCAAGGACCAAAAUUCCUCCUCCAACAGCAGAAUACUUGGCCAACACCACCAGAUAUGCACAGCUUUUUGCUUGAUGACACUACGGAAUUAAAGCGAAGUGCCUUCUGUGGCGUGAUCAACUCAGCACCACCGACAGCAGAUGGUAGCAAGUUUAGUAGCUGGAAAGACUUGGUCGAAGCUGUAGCACAGGAGUUGCAUGGGGCGGCAGGAAAGAGUGGCUCCCCUUCAGCUAGCGAUUAUCAAAAGGCAGAACUGACCACGCUGAGACAGGUCCAAAUGGACAGUUUUGCUGAAGACUACCAGCUGUUGAAGAGCGGGAAACCUGUUCAUUCUAGCAGCCGUCUACUUUGUCUAUCCCCAGAGUACGACGAAACCAAUGAUCUGAUACGAGUUGGAGGACGACUACGACGGGUGGAAGGACUAGACCCAAACACAGUACACCCUAUAGUAUUGGAUCCCAGUCACCCUAACACUCAGUUAUUCAUAAAGGAUUAUGAUGCUCGCCUUUGCCAUCCUGGGCCAGAACGAGUGUUUGCAGAGCUUCGACGAAAGGUGUGGAUACUGAAAGGGCGAGAGGCAGUGAGAAAGCACCAGCGAACAUGUCUCGAAUGCUGCAAAUGGAGGUCGAAGCCAGCCUCGCAGAAAAUGGUUGAUCUCCCUCCACCACGACUUCGGUUGUUCAAGCCUGCUUUUCAUUCAACAGGAAUCGACUGCUUUGGGCCUCUUCUGGUCAAAAUAGGUCGUCGGACGGAGAAGCGGUGGGGACUUUUAUUUAAGUGCUUGACCACCCGGGCAGUGCACCUUGAGGUACUGACAUCUAUAGAUAGUGAUGCCUUUCUCAUGGCUCUACGUCGGUUUAUAGGUCGCCGUGGGAAACCUGCAGAGCUAUAUUCAGACCAAGGCACCAACUUUCGAGGCGGUGAGAGAGAACUUAAAGAAGCCUUCAGUCAGCUCAGUGGUGAUCUACAGCAGCAGCUAGCGAAGCAACAAAUCAGCUUUCAUUUCAAUCCUCCAGCUGCCCCACACUUUGGAGGGGUGUGGGAACGCGAGAUUCGUUCCGUAAAGGCCGCACUUUACACUACCCUGGGCUCAGAAUCAGGAACUGAAGAAGUGCUUCGAACUGUCCUCAUAGAGAUUGAGGCCAUCCUCAACUCGAAACCUCUUGGUUACGUUUCAGCGGACAUUGCUGAUGCAGAUCCGAUCACCCCAAAUUGCUUUCUGAUGGGGCGGCCAGAUGGGUCCCUACCCCAAGUCAUCUAUCCAGUGUCUGAGCUCCUAGGAAGACGGAGAUGGAGGCAUUCACAAGUAUUGUCUGACAGAUUCUGGACGGCCUUCAUAAAGCAUUACUUACCUGACAUGCAGGCCAGAGGAAAGUGGCAGAAUCCAUCAGUAAACAUCAAACCAGGGACAGUCGUCAUGCUUGUUGACCCUCAGUUACCCCGUUCAUUCUGGCAGAUUGGAAGAGUAUCUAAUGUCUUUCCUGGGGUUGAUAGUCGAGUUCGAACUGUCGAGGUGCAGAUUAAGGACAAAGUCUAUACAAGACCCAUCUCUCGACUGAUUGUUCUUCCAGAGAUCCGAGAUGAAGGGGAUGAAAGCCACACUAGUGACUAACGGUAAUCCAUAUAGUGUCGGCCUUUUAAUGGAGCAAAUUUGUAACCAAAUUUGGGGGCGGCUGUGUUAGAAAGGCCGAGUCAUGUGCGCAUGCGCAACUUACUUUCAGUCAUCAUCAGUUCAGAGCGGGACUGUACGAGCGGGACUGUACAAGCAAGACUGUGUGUGCAAAGUGCGUCAAUGAAUAAAUACCACACACGUACACACACGUACGCACAAAUACCAGUGAUAAGUAAAGCCUGUGUAUUGCUGUGUUGUGUACAGCCCAAAGACUGUUAACAAAUA